GUUUUGUUCUUAAUCAGACCCGAUGAAUCAGUGAUCUUCUGUAGAAAAUUAGGGUUUUUGCAGAAGACGAUCGGUGACUGUAUGUAACUGCUCCUUGUUUACAUUGUCACCACCAAGGAGAGAGAGAGAGAGAGAAGAGAUGGAGAUGGAUGAAGAUAUGGAAAUGGAAGCAACGGUGUUUGAGGCGAGAGAGAUUGAUAUGGAGUACGAGUUUGAUGCGUCUCGGUGGUUCGAUUUCACACGGGAGGAGUCACCGGCGGAGUCUCAGGCCGCCGAGUUCUGGUUUCACUCUGCUCCCUCCUACGCGCCCUCUCCUUUCGUUACGAAAUUGUUGCUUGGAGAUGAGAUUCCCACGAAACAAGAGGAGGAUGACGUCACAGAAGAUGUUGUUGGUGAGAAGGAUAGAAGUAUCAAUCAGAAUCCAGUUUUGAAUAAGACUGGGAGUGGGAUGCGUUUUGGGGUAUUUUCAUCCCAACAAGGUAAUAACUUGAAGAAAGUUCCAACCCAACCAUUAUGCAAAGCGCCAACGGUUAGCAAUCACAACCACAAUGAUAACAAACCAAAGUUCCGGGCCAAGUCAAGCAUCAGACCUACUCCAAGGAGUUCAACCUUAAUGAGGCCCACUGCUAGUCUGUUGGCUAAACAAAAUCAUGUCAGUAAAUUUCAUAUGCAAGUGGACCAGAUUCAUGAUAAAGGCUUAUGUGGGACCGAAGUUCAAGCGGCCAAAAGACAGAAGCUUGAUGGAGGUCUUCUUCGUAAGGUUGCUGAUACAAAGCCUGAGAUGAGUUUUGUUCACAAGAUACCCAAGAAGGAUACAACUCUUGAUAGAAACUCACAACAUGCCAGGACAAAGAGUACUGUCCCACAGGAGCCUGAUUUUGCUACAUCGCGGAGGGCACACAGGAUACGGCACAAGGAUGAAGAGAAGUUAGAACAAGACGCAACAACUGUAUAUAGAUUCAAAGCACGCCCAUUCAACCGAAAGAUAUUUGAUGCUCCCUCAUUGCCCGUCCGGCAAAAGAGUAUUCCGAAACCAACUGCAUUCCAAGAAUUCCAUUUGAAGACUUCAGAGAGAGCUAUGCAACAUUCUUCAGCAGUAAAAACAAGGUCUAAUCAGGGGAAUGAUGCGUAUAAGGGGUCAGAAAAAUCUAAUAUAACUGAUGCACUUGACGGUAUUAACAGGGAAAGUAGGAGACCAAGCGCUAUGGAUAUAAAUAAACAUGAUGUCUCGGAAGGAAAACACGUUUUUAGAGCUCGUCCUCUGAACAAGAAGAUACUUUCAAGCAGAGGAGACAUGGGCGUCUUCAAAAAUAGCAAACGAGAAACAACAGUACCUUUGGAGUUUAGUUUUAAUACAGAAAAGACAGUUCAACCAGAUUUACCAACAGACCUUUUCAGCAAGCUCUCCAUCAAACCCGAGAGAAAGCAAAACAGUGGAUCUCGCACAAGAUUUCCUCUAGCAAAGGGUUUCAAAGAAAAUAGAGUGUACUCUUUUCAAGCAGGGAGUGAGGUAACAAGAGUGGAAUCUGGUAAAACGGUUUCUUCAGCUGGACAACAUAUUCAAUCUGGUCAUAGCGGAAUAAUAACUGAAACAAACCAGCAAUGGACCUCUAGUAGGAGCUUAGGCAUUCGCUGAUGGUAUAGAAACAGCUUCUGUAGCAUAUGGAAUCAUCAUCAACAACUCCUUUUUACAGUUAGUAUAAGAAGGGAAAAAGAUGUAAAAAAAACAGAUGUAAAUCAGAAAAUACUCUCAAGCUCUU